AUGGAUCCUAUCGAUGAGAAUGUUAAAGAUGUUAAAGUUCAUAAUUCUCUUUUAGAAUUAAUAAAAAAUGAUCAUUUCCACAGCAAGUUCAGAAAGACUGGUGUUGCAGAUAAAGGUAUGAAUACGGCAGUCAAGCAAUGUAAAGUGGAGCUAUUUGAUACGUUAGCCAAAGUAAAGAGAGUAUGUAAUCAAAUAGAUGAUAAAAUGGGGAAACACGCUUACUAUGUGGCUAAAAUGACUGCUAAUGCUUCAGACACGCGACGACAAUUAACAGCCCAUUUCACGAAAGCGCGCAAAGCAAUCGUUGAUGCCUUAGAAAAACGUUUAGAUGCACUUUUAGCUCAAGUUGAAGCCCAGGAACAUCGACAUAUCAAACCAUUCUUAAAUCAACAGGAGAACUUAGCAACACAAUUAGCUUCUGGAAUCGUACUUAUGGAAGAAGGUAAGCUAUUACUUAAAAGUAAAGAUGCUGAAGUUCUUAACAAUAAAGCCACCCUCAAACAGAAAAAUUUAAAAUUUUUAGAACAGAGUGGUAAUAGCUUGAAUGAGCAAAGUGGUCAACUGCGUUCAAUAUUGGUCAAUUUGAAUGAUAGAUAUCUAAAUUCAAUUUUAGAUGCAAUUCAGUCCCACUGUUUUGUAUCAGAAAUUCCAGUCAUUGUUAAAAUGGUAGAAAGGCCUGGAGCUUUUUAUAUUGAAUGGUCUGAGCACAACGAUGAUACCAUAGAUACCAAUUCGCAAUCUGACAAAGAAUAUCAGUUACAAAUCUAUGAAGGUGAUAUCUAUGAAGAAACACCGGGUAAAGUUAAAUACGAAACAGUAUAUUCGGGAAGGCCGAACUAUUUCGUCGUUAGGGAUUUACUUUCGACAACGACGUACAGUUUUCGCGUGCGUUCACGACCUUCCCCUUUUUCUGAUUGGGGAAUGUGGAGCGAGCCUAAAACAGGUCGUACAGCCAUUCCGUCACACAAAUGGGCGUUGGAAAAUUUUCGUAGCGAUCCCGAUGCAAAGAUGGAAUAUGAAAUUAGCAGUGAAGGCCGAACAGCAACGCGAAUUUCUAGCGAAGUUGCCACAAUUUUACGCUCUAGUGGCACUUGUUAUAUUUUAGGUGAAACAAUCACGCUAAUUGUUAGUGGGACCGGUAAGUCAGAAUCAAGUGAUGCUAUUGGACUUGCUAAUAAUCGAGUGGACUUCGUGCAACGGAACCUUAGACAGCCAGGUGCUAUCUACAUCAGCAGCUCUGGCUUAAUUUACAAAGAUGGGAACGCGUUAAAGAAUAAAUUGCCACCUUUACGACGUGGCAAUGUUAUUAGCAUAUGUGCACAAGAAAUUAUGCCAAAGAGACUAAGAGUUUCGUUUACAAUCGGCGAGAGACAGAUUACAAUCGAGUGGUACUUGCCUGAGCCUGAAAUAAAAUUGUACUUUGCUAUUUGUUUUCGUCAUGUUGGUUGGUCUGUAACUGUUGAUUAA